CCACCUCACCCGAGCAAAGUACCGAACGGCACCAGAGUGUCACGCAUGUACUUUCUGCGCUGCGAUCGCCAGCAUGGGUCAAGGGGGCUCCUCUGAAGCUCCACACCUAACUCUCGAGCAGCUCAGCCAUAGCCUCGCCCAUCGCUUUGCACACAAGAGCUACACGCCCCUUGAACUAUACUGCUUCAACUCCGUCUUCCGCUCCCUCGCCGAUUCGGAGUCAGGCGUCAAAUACUGGAGCGAGUCGACGCUAUGCCGCUUCCUCGAGCUUCCCGAUGCUCUCGGCGUGGGCCCAGUCCUCUUCCAUAUGGCUAGCUAUCUGGGCGCCUUCCCGUUUCCCAGCCAGGCACCGGCUAUACUCACGUAUGAGUCGUUGUUGAAGGUCGUUACAAUCCUAACAGAAAGAUAUGGGGCAGUUAUAAAGAAGAGGGGACGCGAAAUAUGGCUAAGGGAGCUGUAUCGCAGCCUGGCAGUGUAUGACAAGGGAGUUCGGCUGAGCAUGGAGGAUAAGAAGAAGCAGGAAGGGGAGGACACCGGGGAAGCUGGCGAUGGCGGCGGGGCCGGCACUAGCCAAGGCUUCGCGAUAGACGCGCCCGAAGAAGGCGAUGAAGACGAGGAAGAAUACGAUGAUGAGCUUGUCUUAGCAGCUCUAGACUCGAUGGACGCAGUAGAGGUCUUCAAGCACGGCGAACAGUCCAACGUUCAUCACUCCAUCAUACCGACAGACAACUUCCUAAAGCUGGUCGAGCUUCUGCUCCUCAUUUCCCCAAUCGAUGCGCAACAAAGCCUCUCAACGUUUGCUUCGGAGCUAUCUGAUAAGCGGAUCGACAAGUUAAGGCAAACUGCCAACGUCAUAUUGUCUUCCUUCGGUGUCGAGCAAAAUCCCGGCGUCACAUACCGAACGUUCAACGCGGUUGUCUCGUCAAGCCUACCCUUCAUCUUCGAUGGCCUGAAUCCUUUGUUUGAACAUUUCCUCUUCGCGAAGGACUUUGAUCUUUCCAAGCGCAAGCCCGACGCCGAAAGUUCAACUAUUGAGGCGCACCCCGUGAUACCUCCGAGGAUUGUCGCAGACCAGGAACCCGUCCUACGAGAACCUGGAGAAAUCCUUAACCUCACGGUCCUCAGCCAGUUGUCAUUCUUCAUUAAGGGGACUAACCUAUUCAGGCGGCUUCGUCCGCUUUACAGCGGCAACAAGCACGGCUUUAGCAUGGGCUCUUUCGAGAAGCAGGUUUUCAAUUGGCGCGCCCCUACCAUUCUUCUGGUUUCUGGACGCCUUCUUCCGUCAGUACCCUCCAAUACACGGGAACGCACUCUCUCCGAAAUGCUUCCCCCAAAGCGUCUUCCCAGCAGUAUACCCGCUACUUCUUCCGAUGCGACCAUAACCUUUGGUGCAUACAUUCCCACUCAAUGGAAGCACUCGCACAAAGCAUGCUUCGGCGAUUCCAGUGCCUUACUAUUCCAGCUCUCGCCCACACACGACGUCUUCUCCGCCUCGCCUUACAGCACAGAUUAUAUCUACUUCAAUAAAGCACCCACGCAUCCUGCAGGCGUGGGCUUCGGCACCGCAGUCCCGCAUCAAUCUUCUGCUCACAACAUUCAUAGCCACGAGGUGCUUCGCCUUGGGCCCGUGUCCCUUCAUCUGGACGAUGCGCUUGAAUAUGGCGUCUUCACGCACCUCUCGGAGGGCGGCGGCUCCUUUUAUGCUUCGCAGCUACCGUGUAGGAGGGGAAAUAAUUGGCAAGACCGCUUCGAAAUCGACAGCCUUGAAGUUUGGGGCUGCGGUGGGGACGAGGUUGCGGAAGCUCAGCGAAAAGAAUGGGCCUUCCAAGAGCGCGAAGCUGAGGCUCGACGACGCAUCAAUCUUGGGACAGGGGACAUUGAUGCUGAUCGGGAGCUGUUGAGACUUGCAGGCAUUAUUGGGGGCGAUCGAAGCGGUGGCAGUGUGUGACAAGUCUAAAAGAAGGUCAAGCAAUGAGGGACGUCAAGCGUCCUACCAGCUAACGCCCAGAUGCGAGCAAAUGCCCGUCACGCACGAUCGGCCAUCUCUCCGCGGGACUUGCCAGCCUCGUCGUUGCAUGAGGGUCUGCAGCAGCAAAUAGCCCUCAAUAAGUUCUAAAGGAUUCGCGAACACUGCUUCUCCUGUUAAAGGACUACUAACGGCACCCGUCCCCGCAGGCUUCGACAACUACUAUAAGCAAGCCCAAGAGAGUUUCACGUUACGCCGAGAUGUCUAAGGCCAUUCGA